AAAUGUUACCAGUGAAUAUAAGAUAGAUAAAAGUGUGCGCAAAGUCCCAAAUACCGAUCAUUCUCGUAGCAGUUACGUGUGCCAUGGGAUGGUAGAUGAUAGUGUUGCGCAUUAGAAACAACGUCGUAAGUGUCUUAUUGUAAUCAUAUGAAAAUAGAAGGAAGGAUGCGAAAUCUAAUGGACUCUUCGGGAUCCUGGAUGCAUCGUUAUGCCGAUGUGACAAACGCUAGGACUAAGUACGAAUCCAGUGAAAAUGACUUGUGAUCAAAGUAUCGGUUUUCCGCGUGACGGUUCUACAAUUUAUUUUCGUCGCCGUACCCAUUUUCUUAUAUUACAAACGACUCGACUGCACUCGCGACAAUUGGCGUUAACGUGGGAUGGCAGCAGCCCUGAAGAAAAAUCAUUCUCGUAGAAGAUUGGCCGCACUCACUUUCCUAUCCAAUAUAUCCUUGGACGGGAGUCAUAGGGACACCAAAUUAGCCCUGCUACCUCGUAACGGGGCUAUACAUCAUAGAACCCUCAGUGAGAGUCAUACCGUGCCUGCUGAACUACCUGAUUUGGAAAGCUCUGCUGACGAGGCUGUAGAUUGUUUGACAGAGGAGAAUGAGUUAUCGAAACUACCAGAGUCAUCUCCACAGCCUGUUCGUAAGACUGUAGAACACCACUCUCUUAGCUCUGACUCCGAUGGACUCUUUACGCCUGCUAAGGCUACCGUCGCUGCCUUCCUGGAUCAGGAGCGCAUCUGUCCUCCACUGGGAAGUGGAAUUCAUGGAUCCUUCAGGGACCGGACUGGAACUGCUGGCAGUGAUUACUCCCUACCGGAAAGACGAGUCGGUUCGCUCCAGUACAAAAAGCGAAUUAUUCAUCAAACAUCAACCUUGUCGGAAGACAUCAGGCAUCAGCACAACAGUAGCAGCGAGAGUAUUGGUUCUUUACGAUCAAAAUCGAUGAGCCAGUCAUCAAAACCGAAAUCGAAGAUUCUGAACAACGUGCAGAGCAGCGCUACGAGUAGCGGAAUUAUACCGGAAGUGAGCAAAGAAUUGCGUCUGAUGCAUCGUCCUGGAAGCCGACAUAAGUUCGGCGACGACAGAUUAAUCCUGGUCUCAUCCAGGCGUGUUCCUUUCCUGGUAUUUUCAGCACUGCCCUAUAAUAAAAGUCAGCGCGCAAGUUGGUCCGAGUUACGUAAGGAUCAAGGUCGAAGAAAAAAUACAACAGGACCUAGGCCGUUAUCAGCUAUCAAUGAUAAUUUGGAUCCUUUCGGCCUCUUGGGAAUAGAACGUGCUAAGGAUGGUCAGGAAAUUUCGUAUGGAAAGUUAUUGGUCCCCUCGAGACAAUUUCAAAAAGAGAGGAAAUUGCACUCAAGCGAAAGCGAAAACAUGGAAUUGAUGCAUUCAAUGCCUAAGCAACAUCACGCGGUAGCAAGGACAAAAACUAUUACCUGGAAUGUGGACAAUACUAAUAAAUGGUGUCUGUCAUAUGACAUGGCCACGCAUCGCGCACAACACGCAUCUCCUAGCUCACCACCAUUGUCAUUCACUACCGAAACUAAAGUUUCAGCACACGAAUGGGACGACCAGCCCAUACAAUACAAUCCCAACUUAUUGGAUGAUCCUGAACUUAUUGCCGGGAAACACAGAACAUUACUUACAUUUACAUCGUAUAUGGCAUCUGUCAUCGAUUAUGUGAGACCAUCCGAUCUGAAAAAGGAACUAAAUGAUAAAUUCAAGGAGAAAUUUCCGCAUAUUCAGCUGACACUCAGUAAAUUACGAAGCCUGAAGCGCGAAAUGCGGAAAAUCGCUAAAAUAGAGUAUGGAAUUGACCUGUUGACCGUAGCUAUGGCAUACGUCUAUUUUGAAAAAUUGAUUCUAAGGAAUGUCGUCACGAAACAAACGCGGAAGUUGUGUGCCGGAGCUUGCCUACUGCUUGCUGCCAAGCUUAACGAUGUCAAAGGAGACGUGCUAAAGUCCCUUAUCGAGAGAACGGAAAGCAUUUUUCGCUUGAAUCGCAAAGAACUAAUCACCUCGGAAUUCGCAGUCUUGGUCGCCCUCGAGUUCGGCCUCCAUUUGCCAACUUGGGAAGUCUUUCCGCAUUAUCAACGACUAAUUUAUGAGUCCUGACCUUCUCUCACGCCAUUGCUUUCACGCAGACGUAGAACAUUCUCCUCGUAGACACUUGGCAGAUGUAGAAGAAACACACUCACAUACGGCAUGCAUGGUAUGAAUAAUCGUCAUUUUGUAAUUUAAUUGCGAGAAUGUAUCUUGAUCUCAUUUGAAAAAACUGUGCUCUGGCAUUUAUAGGAUAAUUAAUUGAUUCAUAAAUUUCCUCAAUUAUUUCUCGAGUUUCUCCGAAAUAGAAACAUAAUCUUCAUGCCUAAUGAAAUACGGGCGUGAAAAUAUAAAAAUUCAUUGAAAUCGCAAAGGAGGAUUUGAACAAUCAGAAAAUCACAAUCGUUUGAAGGUAGACAUACAAAAAUGAACAGUACGAUUCUUUUUAGAAUACAAAAUUUAUUAAUUUAAACUGUAUAAAAGUAAGUGACAGUUGAAAUAACAAGUUUUAAUCAAUUCUGGGGUUACUUCAGUAUAUCUGAAAUUCAAUUCAACAUAAAAAAGGUACAAGAACGCUUUCUUGUAUUUUACUCUUUCUUUAAUAUUAGACUGAUCAUACGAUUGUGAUAUAUAAUCCCAGGUGCCGUAAAUAACUAAUAAGAAAAUCGCGUUAGAAUAGCACGAAAGGAAAAGAACAUUCAAUACCUACAUGACGAUAUGAAAACGUAACAUUGAUGUAAAUGAGUUUGAUACUGCACGCUGAGAGCAGUGACAGAUGUCUGCAGUAACAAUGUAAAGUCUGAGUGUCAGUAAUGACGUGAAAUUAAUGAAUUAUCCAAUUGAUCGUUCGUGAUAGAUAAAUUGAAUACUCCGGAAGUCAAAUUGAUAAGAGGAUGUCGAAUUAAAAAAUUUAACAUAUGAAAAAAUAUAAAUCGUGAUAAAUAGUUAAUUAAAGUAAAUGCAAUGAGCAAUCACUUAUGCAUUCAGUAUAAAAUAAAUAUCGGAUCUUAUUGAGGUUAAAAAAAGAUUGUCGAUGUCUUUAAACUAUCAUCGUCUUCAGGAUAUCACGUUCGUUAUUAUUACCCGUUCCCCUUUAAUUUUUAGUAGAAUUUAUCUCCCACUUGACAGUAUUAUUACAUCUCAUAUUUACAGCUUACUAACCUUUUAAUCUAGUAUAGAUCAAUUACCUUGUAUGCUCAUGCUAAUAGCAUGAUUCACAUGUACACGUGCAAAGAGUAACUUCUUACACGGCACAAAAUGUCCGUAGGACAUCCAUAGGACGUCUAUUUAACGUCCAUCGGUCCUUCGCAAUUGACAGAUGGACUUCGUGACUGACAGCUACUGGGCACAGUGGACCCGGAAGACACGCUGAAAUUAGCAUAUAAAUUCUGGAGCGUGUUGUUAUGCUUACAUUUAGUUUGAGACACAGAUUAUAGGGAGCUCAUUCUCUUUUUCAAUAUGUCCUCAGUCCUACCGGAAGUCCUUAUGAUAUUUGUGCUGUGUCAGUUGUUUAUAAUUUUAAUUCUUCGUAUAGAUGCAUUCAAGCCGAAAAAGUUGAAACUACCAAUGGUACUUUACGAUAAUUUUAAUUUCAUGGGAAAACAUUAGAAGUUGAGUGGAUGCACUUUUAUUUUUAUUUAAUACUCUUGCGGCACAAUCUGUAUAUAGUUGGUGUUAUUUUAUCUUAUGUUAUCAUGUGUCUUAUAAUUGUGCUCAAUUUUUAUUAUCCUAAAUAUUUCAUUAUGGUAUCCACUACUUUUAUAGAAAAUGCUCAACGCAUUGCGUUAUGUUUCUGUGAAAUGGUGCCUGGUGGAAAGUAGUAACUUCAUUUAUUUUUUAGUUACCUGGAUAAAAAAAAAGAGAUGUAUUAUCUUACAAAAAAACUCCACGAUGUGGCAACUGUAAUGCUUGAAAAAAAAUUGUUACUAUCUGUGAAUACUAUUACAGAAUGUACCCCAUGACAUGUUUUGACAGAACUAUAUAGCUAUAUAUAAGUCAAAAAAAUAACGUCAAUCCAAUCGUGACAUAAUGGGAAAUAUCGUACACGACAGUAAGGGUGCGCGAAACGAGUUUUUUAGUCAAGAAAUAACAAGAUAUACCUUAAAUCGGUGCGAAUUCAGCAGUAAGACUGGAAUUAUUGGCAAUUGAAUGGACGUUUUUGUACGAAAGAUUAACGUUUAUUAUUAUCUUUUGCUAUGCAACAGUACAUUUUACACGUUGUAUAUAAAGUAGAGCAAAAUCACACAGGCGUUAGCUCAUCUAAAAAUCUCAAAUAUUUAUUCCGAUAUCCUACGCCAAUUAAAAAUUUUUCCUCUACUAAUGGUGUUGAAAAAGGCGAAGAAAAAAUAUUUAUUAAAAUCGAAAAACACAGUUCUAUUCCAACAUUCUUCUUGGAUGAUUUAAAAAAAUAUAUUAAAAAUCCUUCUCCGUUAAUCCAGCAUUGUAAGAUCCUACGCGUGAAUGAUACAUUUAACAAUUAUUCUAAGCUUUAAAUAUACAUACGUGUAGAGGUCUUGCAUACAAAACUGCCGUAAGCAUAACGUAAGGGAUAGACUUAUUAUUAAUCAGAGUACGUUAGAACCAUAACUUCGUAAAAUAUAAUAGAUACAUGUUCAUUGGCCUCAGACUUACAUUAUGUAUGCGAAAAUUCUGUGUGAGAUACUCAUUAAGCCCUUGCGUUAGGCCGACGUAUGUAAUCCGGUGUAAUUAAUUAAUUACUUUAAGUACUUUUAUGAAAUGGAUUUAAUGGAUAUCGGUAUAAUUUACUUAUAUUGGCAUGGAAUGUUGGAUUAUGAUUAAAAGAUAUUGAUUUUGAAUUGGUUCCGCUUUGUCUAUUCGCAAUAUGAUGCUAGAAUAAAAGUGGGAUCAAUUCCUAUGACAUAGGUGGUUCAGAAAACACAUUGUAACAUUUUAUCGAUAUGUGAUCAUAUAUAAAAUGUCAUACAGCUUGUUCCAAAGCUGUGCAAUGAAUACUAUCUUAUUUCGUUCCUUUGUUUCUCUAUUUUUGCGGCUGUCUUGAAAAAGUUAAAUUUUAUUUUGUAUCUCUGUUUUUAAUUAUCUGCUAGAGUGACUUUAAAAAAAAUAAAACAAAAGGUCUUGAAGUGUAGCGAUAACGAGCUUAGGGACAAGUCUGUACAAAUUUGAGAAGAGAUUUUUCCUCGAUUAUAUUUUGUAAAUAUCUGUGUGUUAGAAUAAGUUUAUAUGUCUCUCACGAGAGUCGAUGAUGUGAGUGCGUACUCCAUUCAUUAUCUUUUCUCUGCUCUUUAUUCAGUACCUCUAAUUUAUGUGUCUUUCUGUUUUGUAUAGGUAUUCUUUUCUUCUGUAAUCAAAGAUGUAAUUGCUCGUUAGGAUAAAACACUAAAAAUUAUAGCGGCACAAAAUAUCUCUUAUGUGCAGGAAUUUAUCGAAAAAUUAAGUUUUCGUUAUACUGUUAUAAAGUUGCUAGGCUUAAUAGUGAUACAGUUGUUUUCAUGGGAAAGUACCAAUUGCACGUGAAUGAAAAUGAA